GACGCCACCAUCAGCGUCAGCUCUGAGGAUGUUUUGCAGUCGGCAAACGAAACGUUAGCAAGGUAAAGAGAAACCUUAAACAUCUUUUCCAUCAUGGUGGUGAAGUGGGAUCAGCCUGGUAGGUAGUAGUCGUGGUAGCCUGGGUUGAGCUGCUUGAUCAUUUCUCUGAAACCUUGAUCAGCGACCACAGACAGGACUCUCGUGACCAACAUGCUCACAAUGGCCUCGGUCAGGGCGUUAGCUUGCUGAGGUGUGCACGUAACAAAGUCGUCCAUUGAAGAGGAGCACCAUUAGUAACACUGUUGUAGCAGGAUGAAAUAAAUCAUUAGCGUUUUCAGACUCAUACCAUAUUUGACACUUUGGUUCCAGAACUUAAGGGGGUGCUAUAACUAAAAUCACCUAAAACACCGGAUUGAGGAGGACGGAGAAGUUUGUUGAUGGAACAGUUUUUGUGAAGGUUCCAUGUCAUGGAAAAUCAACUUUUAGGAACUUUUUACCAUGUGAUGUUGUCAUGGUACCUAGAGUGGAACCAGCGUCAGCCGGGAGCAAAACGGAAAAAAAAAAAAAAAAAAAAAGACGUAAUAAUGCCACUGGACUGUUAGAAAUUAUACAAAAUAAAGCUCGGAGGACCAUGGGCAGGGCUUCGCUAAAAGGAACCUUUAGCAAACCUUUAACGUGCAGACUGCUCUAUGCUAACGUGCACGCUGCUUCACAAUGUGCCCGUGGCUCAAAUCAGAUCAGGCUCCUCAGGCUUCAUAGAAUCACAUAAAGACACAGAUUUGUGUCUGAGUGAUCGGCCCUAAGUGUGCCGUAACAAAACAGCAGUCCUCCCCGUCCUCAUGAGGACAUAAACUUUCUUAAGCCACCCCCCUUGUCUCAUCUCUACUUCCACUCUUUUAAAAACCACAUCAUUGCCCCCCUCCCCAUCCCUUACCCUGAAACAAAGGGAGGAGAGUGACUGGCGCUCCAUAGCCAGGUGUUCUCCAGUGUCCCCCAGGCUGUAAUAGCACAAGCCCUCACACUGCAGCUGCCCUCCCCAGCCUCCCAUUGUGUGGCUGUAUUGUUCCUCCCCAUCCACUGGCCACACGGGAUGUCCUUUCAGACCCUCUGGAGGAGUGUGUGUGUGUGUGUGUGUGUGUGUGUGUGCUGGUGCGCGCUGAAACGCGUGCCUUGGGGACACUGGGUGUUGCAAGCAUCUGCCCGCCUUCUCCUCAUCGGGGCUCAUUGUAAGCCUGCUGUGCUCUGAUUGGUGGAGGAUCUCCCACUCCAAACGAGGGAAUGGCUGACAUUGUUGUUCCAUCUGUUCUGCCCCUCAUUGUCCCAAAGAGAGAAGGACAAAAAAGGAACUGGAAGCCAGUCGGACAGCGAGUAGGUUUUACUGGAGCGGAAUGCUUCACCUGCUGCAGCAUCCGCCCUCACAUGGAGCUGCUGUGGAAACCCCUCCCGUCAAUUCACCUGCAUCCACUUCUCUUCUGCGCAGUUUGGAUUUAAAAAUGAGGAAAUGAGACGCUCAACUUUUCUGUUUUUGUGGUUAUUUGUUUUUUCCCUGCUCUGGCAUCCAUGAGUGGCGUUUUCUGAGCAGCCUGUACUCAGGCCGGUGUGCUGGAUGUCUGUGACAGAUCCAUGGUUCAGAAGGACCAUGUGGAGGUGGGAGAAGGCCCUGUCCUUGACCAGGAACCGGACCUGGAGUAUCUCCACGUAGCUGGGGCUGACCGGCAGGCUGGCGCCGCUGACGGACCCCCUGCUAUGGAGGAGCAGGGGGAGACCUCCGGCCACACCACCACAGCCAGUUUCACUCCACCAGUUCUUCGGGAGGACAGCGGUGGGUCCGACGCAGUGUGCAGGCCGUCGCCACCUUCUAACUCCGCACACGCUGCAGGUGGAGACUCAGACGGAGAAGAGGGUACGUCUACUCACAGUAAAAACACCCACCAGCCGCUGUGUCGGACCCCAUGUGUGGACUUGGGCACUGAGGGGCCUCCCGACCCUCCGUGCGUGGACACGCUCAUCCAGUCCUCAGGUGAGCAGGACCCUCUGCAGACUUCCUCCACGUCUGAGCCGGCGUCCAAGGCGAGAGGAAAAGACUACCAGGCCAAGCUGGAGUUUGCUCUGAAGCUGGGCUACUCCGAAGAGACGGUUCGACUGGUGCUGUCCAAGCUCGGCCCCGACACCCUCAUCAACGACAUCCUGGGAGAACUGGUCAAACUGGGCACCAAGCCUGACGGCGAGCAGCCCGUUGGGAUAUUAACUUCCGCCUCAUCCACGUCCUCUUCUGCGUCGUCCUGUGGCUGCUCCGAUGUGCUGGAAGGCCAGCGGUCGGACUCGCCCUGCCCUUCAGAGUCCAUCUGCGACCAGGACAACCUGCGGCCGAUUGUGGUGGACGGCAGCAAUGUGGCCAUGAGCCAUGGCAACAAGGAGGUGUUUUCCUGUCAAGGCAUCCAGCUGGCUGUAGAUUGGUUCCUAGAGUGCGGCCAUCAGAACAUCACCGUUUUUGUGCCUGCGUGGAGGAAAGAGCAGUCCCGCCCUGAUGCCCCAAUAACAGAUCAGGAGAUCCUGCGUCGCCUGGAGAAGGAGAAAAUCCUCGUCUUCACUCCCUCACGGCGCGUACAAGGCAGGCGCGUGGUCUGCUAUGACGACCGCUUCAUAGUCAAGCUGGCUUAUGAGUCAGACGGCAUCAUCGUCUCCAAUGACAACUACAGAGACCUGGCUAACGAGAAGCCUGAGUGGAAGAAGUUCAUAGACGAGCGUCUGCUCAUGUACUCCUUCGUCAAUGACAAAUUCAUGCCACCUGAUGACCCUCUCGGUCGUCACGGCCCCAGUUUAGACAACUUCCUGAGGAAGAAGCCCGUCAUGCCUGAGCAGAAGAAACAACCCUGUCCAUACGGAAAGAAGUGCACCUACGGCCACAAGUGUAAGUACUACCACCCUGAGAGAGGGGCCCAGCCUCAGCGGGCGGUGGCGGAUGAGCUGCGUGCUAGCGCCAAGACCUGCGUCGCCUCCAAGAACCAGGGGGACGCUGGACUUGUCAAGAGCCACAGCGUGCCAGCUGGCACCAUUGAGGCAAAAAAAGGUGCCCCCAAAAGGCAAUCGGACCCCAGCAUUCGAGCUCUGUCCUACAGUGAUGCUGAAGAGAAGCUGCUGGCUAAAAGCCAGAAGGGCAGCUUGUGUGGCAGCAGCAGUAGCAGCUCCAGCAGCAGCAUCGGGUGCAGCAUGUCUUUAGCCCCAGGCGGACCUCUGUCCGGUCAUGGCCUUCCAUCAGACCAACAGUCCAGAUUGGUGACACACCUCCCAGCCCCCGGCCAUGAUCUCUACCCUCACUGUGAGUCUCCAGACAUAAGCUACUACUCUGUAACGCGGGCCUACUCUGGCCUGAGCCUUACCUCCCGCCGGAGCCCAGACUGCCGCUUCCCCAACGAUACGGACCUGCGACACAGUUCGAUGGGCUCAGCGGGUUCUGAAUGUGGCAGUGAAAGCAGCGUCAGCUGUGGCAGCAGCUGCGACUCCUACAGUGAAAGAUCCUGUCCUGGAUGUCCUCCAGACCCAUUACUGGAGGACAGCGUCCACUUUGCCAACCCCCACAGCUGGCUGUAUCCUCAUCAUAUGUCCUCCAACCACGAGCUGUGUGCCAUCCACGCUGCCGAAUACCCAAGUAUCCAACACAGCCACACGUCUAACCCCGCGCUCCACACCUACCACCUCAGUGCAGCAUGUGUUCACGAGCCUCCACCAGAGGCUCCUCCAAAGCGACCCCUCUACCCUUUACCUCCCCACCUCCAACACCAACCCCUGGCUGCUCGCUCCAGCUGCCCAGGCGACUACCACUCAGUUCCCCAGUCCAACCACCAACCUCCCGGCUCUCCUCUUGGCCGCUGCUUGGCCCCGACACGAGCUGAAAGCGUGUCUGACUCCCACCUUUACGAGAACCUCUCUGCACCACACCAUCACCAUCGACCUAAAGCUUUACCCAACUGGGACUCGUACUACAGACACCCCCUGCUGCCAUCGUCCAGGUAUGAGUCAUCUACCUUUCAGAGCCCGCCCGACACGCGGCAGUCAUCCUGGCACGCCCCACCGUGGCCACAGGACAGCUACACCCAGCAUCACUCCUCUCACCCGGCUCUCCAUCCUUCACCCACGCAUUACCUGAGCCCCCCUCCCCCUCACUCUCCUCACUCGCCGUACAGCUCUCACCUCACAGUUCCCUCCCACGGACCUCCCCCUUACCCGGAGUCCCCCGGGCACAGCCGCUACGAGGACAUAAGAGAGAAAGUGUACAUGAAUCUUUGUAACAUCUUCCCCUCGGAGCUGGUGAGCCGCGUGAUGUCCAGAAGUCCCCACAUCACUGACCCCCAGCAGCUGGCUGCUGCCAUCCUCGCAGAGAAGUCUCAGACCAGUUACUGAACAAUCAGUCCAGCUUUUAAAGACUCCACAUGAAUAUCAGAAACCAGCCUGUGACGUGUGUCACAGGCUAAUCCCAACCCCGGUUUCACACUGCAAGCAUCAACGGAACGGAACAGCAGCAAAGCGGCUCGCUCACGAACUUCAAAGCGGUCCCUUUCACACCGGGAGAGUCUUGGCCGCGGCACGGCUUCCUCUCUGCGCCUCGCUGUACCCGCGAGAUUCUAAAAUCCCUCGAGACUUCUGACACCUCCCUCAUCGAGAGAUCACAACCCCGCGAGGAAUCACACCGUUGCACUUUUCGAAAGAAACCGGUGGUAAACAAAGCCGUUCGGUCACACGUGCUGAUGUAAGUUAAAUAUAACAUCGCAACGUUGCAUUUUAUUUUGAAAAUAACCGGGGAUUUUACACUGAAACCGUGUGGUUUCCUGUCUUGCACUAUGUGAACUGUGGAAAUUGACGUGUCCCAGAAGCGGCUCGUGGAAAAUAUAGAACUCGAUCCCAUCUUUAGCGGCGCGGCAUGCCGCUUCUGGGUCGCGCCUGGUUUGAAACACUCCAUAGACUAUAAUUGGAUUAUAUUUGACGAGGUGCCGCUUCGCUGCCGUUCCGUUCCGCUGAUGCUUGCAGUGUGAAACCGGGGUUAGACAGAACCAUCUUCCUCACCUUUAGACCCAAUUCUCAAACAAUAACUCCUUAACAAUUUUCUUGCAUGUAUAGAACAACAUGCAACAGAUUUUCUACUUUAAACACGUCCAAUCUACAAAUCCCUCUCUGGUUCUGUAUCAGUCCACGUGUGCGUGCUGUGGGUUGGUUUUUCUUGCAGUGGUAGAGGUGGGUGUUUGAAAGUCCGCCGUCCUCAGACGACAGCGUUUUGGUCAGAGUUGUAGCUGUAGAGAUGGGUGACCCUGUCGUGUGUACCUUAGUUUUAGUAAGGGACAUCUCUCGCUAUCUCCCUUUCUCUCUGACCCUUUACCUUGGGUCAGCUGUGGUUUCUGCUCCAGACCGCAGCACGAGUAAGUGAAGCAUGUACCUAGUUGUAAAUAUAUUUAACGGUUUCCUCUGCUGUGCGUCCAAGGGCAACAGCGCCUGCUGUUUUCUCUAGCAGAUCCCAGCUGAACCCAUGCUAGACAGAGAAAAGCCUUGUUUGAUACAAAUUGUAUCAUGAACUAAGUCGCUGAUGUUAUAUACAGUACAUGGACUCGUUGAUCCGCAUCUAUCGAACACUCUUGAUGUAGUACUAUAUACCAGUUCUGUCCAAACCUUUUAUUCUUGUGAAAACAGCUUUGAGACAAUUAUUUCAAUGUUUCAAACUAGAGGAGUUGCGUGCCUACUAUGUUUAGGUUUUGCAGCUACUUUAAGUGUGCUUUUGGACUUUUAGCUGGUUUCUUAAAAACACCGUAAGGUUCAUUUUCUUUAAAGCAACACUAAAGAGUUUCACUCCUACUGGUUAAAAACAAAAUUACAACUGUCAUGAGCAACCCUGUUGCAGCUUGCUGUAGCGAUUGUUAAUGAGCUAAUGCUAACACGAGUCAACGGAUACUAAAAUAAGCCACAAAGUAAGAAGAUCCACACUGUUGGACAAAAAAUAUAAUGUGUAUGGCAGAGUCCGACCUAACCCUAACCCAAAAAAUUAUUACUUACAAGUCCAGUAGCAACAAAGCCAGGUCACCAUCAGCCGUGAUUUCGUAGUGUCCUUUAGCUCCCUCGAACAAGUGUAGGCUGCACAGAUGCCUAUUCUGGUUUUAGCUCUUUUCUCCACAUCUAAAGACUCUAUCUUACUUCCAUGAUGCCAACCAAAACAGCUAAACUAUUCAUCUUCUUGUGGUUUUUAUUGACAGUCAGUGAACUGAAAAUGCUAACUACUAGCCUUUUUAUUAGCUAACGGCUAACCAAACAGCUAAUAGCAGUAAAUUCAAUUCAAUUCAAUUUUAUUUAUAUAGCGCCAAAUCACGACAAGAGUCAUGUCAAGGCACUUCACAUAACAUUUCAAUUCAGGUCAGUUCAUUAAGCCAAUCAGAAAAUUUUUUCCUAUAUAAGGAACCCAGCAAAUUGCAUCAAGUCACUGACUAGUGUCAGUGACUUUACAGCAAUCCUCAUACUAAGGCAAGCAUAUAGCGACAGUGGAGAGUUAAACUCCCUUUUAACAGGAAGAAACCUCCGGAGGAUCCUGGCUCAGUAUAAGCAGCCAUCCUCCACGACUCACUGGGGAAAGAGCUCCACCCAUUGAACCUACCCGUCAUACAAAACUGUUAAGUGUGGUUCCUGGUCAGCCGAGGACUACAGAGUGUUGUCAAAUGUAGGUUAGUAAAGCUACCAUCUCAGUAACCACUGACACCAGUUUGAAAGGAAAAGCUUAGUGUUAAAAACUCUUCAGUGUUGCUUUAACUUUAUCAACUUAAUAAAAUCGACAUCCAACUUGAAACCAUCUUAGUUUCUAAUUUGAGUUGAGAACACAGACCCCAACUAAUGUUUACAGAAGCUAUUUUAAACUUCUGUACCAUUGAAUCCAGCUAAUCGUGCACUACUUCCUGGUGAAAAAUGAUAUUAUGACACUAAAAGAGAAGUUACCGGUAUUCUCCAGUUUAAAACCCGUUGCGGUUAUUUUCUAGGUUAUCCCUGGUUACAUGUGUUUGAAUAAAACUAAUAUUUAUAUUUUCGCUCCCAAGUGACGACAUUAGGGUCAUUUCAGUGGUAACUCGUAUAAUUUCCUACAUCUAUUUAAGAAGAUAUUUAUGUUUAUAUUAGGGAUGUUUGAUGUCGUCUUUACUACAGAUGUCUGAUGUACCGAUAUAGUCUUAACUCUUAAUUUCUGAGACAGAAAAGAGGAAUGAAAUAAUUUUAGGUCACUAAUAUCUGAAAUUUAUCAGUCAUACAUAGGCUCUAAACAUCCAUCCUAAAUAUGAUGACUUGAAUUUGUCAGGCCAUUUUGUCCGUACCAAACAAACAAAAAUAUCUCUUAAACAUCGGUUCAGUCAUAUUUUAACCUACUGAAUGAGAGAAGUAGCUUAAGAUUUUGAUGUAUAAUAAGUACACUUUUAUUAACGUUGCAUCAUUAAGAGAAUAAAAACAGACACUGAUUAAUUCCGAUGUUAUAUUUUUAUUCCAAAACUUGCCUCUAGUAUCGGACAUCCCUAAUUUAGAUGAUUUUUUUUUGCGAAAUGUUUUACGUUAAUUUAUUUUGAGGUAAUCAAUGGCUGCUAAAGAAAAUAAAUCAAAUUCUCUAAAUAAGUCAAAAGGUUUAAUAAACCGCUACGAUUUUCUUUAGCAUACGAAAUCCAAGACUGAUGUUCAGGAUUAUUAUAAAGUUGUAAAAGCCCUUCAUGAUUUAUGGUUUCUCUGAAAUAACAACAACCCAUUGGACUUAGGCAAAUAGUGUUUUUAGGGAUGAGUUAAGAGGUUAGCUUCUCAAGCUUUCUUCGUUCUUUUACGGAAAGCAAAACAUCUUACAUGAUGGAAAAUUUUUAAUUUGCUACCAUGUCCUGGAUGACCGAGCAUCUAAACCUGCUUCUGAAACGCGGUCAGGUUCUUGAUCCAGCCAGGUUUUCGAAGGACCAGACUCCAAAGAUGACCAUAAAACAAAAGUCCAAAUCAAUAUUUCCCUCCAAAAAUAUCAGUGUUGACAAAUUUAAGUCCAAGUGUCUUUCCAGAAACGCCCGUUAGUAGAAUUUCCAAACAGCCACGGAAAACCUAAAACAUGUAGAGCCAGCUCCGUCAAGCCCAAAGGCCCCUUUCCCGUCCAACGGGACAUUGUACAAACACGAAUACCUGUACGAUACCACGUGCCGUUAACGAGAGAGAACUUUGUCAUGUAUUGAAGUAGCGCCUUCCCUCUGGCCCCCUGGCACCGUGUGUCGGCGGGGACCCUGAGCGUGGGCCCAAAGUAAUGCCUCUUGGUGGCAUUGUGCUUAUGACACAUCUGAUAUUCUGAACCAUGUUCAGCUGUUAUGCAUGCGUAUUUAAUCUGUUUUUGUCUUGCCGUUUCUGUGACAUGAUGCUAGUCAAGAUUAGAGGCCGACCAAUGUUUAUUUUUUAAGGCUGACGCCGAUUUUUAAAGAAUUUUGUUGCCGAUGGCCGAUAUCUAUGUUUUAGCAGCACAUUGAUUGUGAAAGACUCCGUGUGCAUUAUAAAUGAAAUAAGUCAAUAAAUAAUCUUAAUAUUUGUUGAAUUUCAAAUAUAAAACAAACUCAAAACAUUAAAAAAGCGGUGUGUUGAGGCCCUUCGGGUCCUUUCUCAUUCUAGUAGUGACGGCAGUUGGCCACACAGGUGCCUGAUUUAAAAUAAUUUUAAUUUUUUCAUUUUUAUUUAUUUAUUUUUAUCUGCUGUUAAAAAUAACUUUGGCCAAUCUAGAAAAAAUUGAAUACAUCGGUCGGCCUCUAGUCAAGAUGCUUGUAGAUUAAAAAAAAAGAUUUGAAGUUUUCAGAUUUCAUGUUGGAAUUUCAGCACGGCGCCCUACUUUAAAGGGACAGUUCAGCUGUGAUGAACGGUGUUCCCUCAGAGUCCUGAACCACCUUGGUUUGGUGAGCCGUUUCAAGAUGGAAGCCGUUCAUUUUGGUCUUUGUUGCUCCUGAAUUAGUUCUAGCACUACUUCUCUGAACAAAGUCCAUGCAGGACUCCACCUUUACACACAGAAACACUAGACUAUCAGAACUGUGGCGUGUGAGAAUCAUUUCAAGAAGCCUGAGAUUUCCUCUUUGUUAGUGCACUUGGUAUAACACAACCUGUAGAUCAACAGUUUAUCAGCACUAAAAAGGUGUAAACCUGUGAUUGUGAUUAUUCAAUAAAGGCUGUAAAAAGUG